UAUCCGUUAGGUCCUCCAUCCUCCCUGUCUCACUGUCUGAAAUCUGAACUGCAUUUCAGCUUCUAGCCUUCUGGUGAAGAAACCCUAACCAUGCAAAAUCACGAAAACAAGUAAGCCUUUAUUGCUUUGGGCAUGGCUUAUACAGUAGCUCUGGUCCUUGUAGCAACGCCUACGCGUACACAUAAUUUAACCUACACGAAGGUACGUAGAGAUAUUACUUUGUCAUCCUUGAAUAUCUCUUCUUCGUCUGCUACUUCUACUACUGCUGCUGCUGCUGCUUUAGAACCAUCUAACACACAGAAAUUUAGCUACAGUAGAGCUUCUCCAUCUGUGAGAUGGCCUCACCUGAAGCUCACGGAGAAUGGAAAAUCGAGUCAGACCCAAUUGAUCAACUGUCCUCCUCAUUCAAUCCAAAUCUUCGAAGAUGCCGAUGGUGCGGAUAAGACAGAAACUAAUGAUUACUUGAAAAAAGAGGAAGAAACCCAAAUUGUAGAAUCGUUUGAUUCGAACGAUGAAUCUCUAGAAGUACUAGGCAGGCCUAGCAGGACUAGAGUGAAGAAAAUGACCAAAUUGGCAUUGAAGAGGGCCAAAGAUUGGAGAGAGAGAGUUCAGUUUCUAACUGAUAGGAUUCUUCAAUUGCAACCGGAUGAAUUCGUGGCAGAUGUUUUGGAUGACCGGAUUGUCCAGUUGACUCCCACGGAUUUCUGUUUCGUCAUGAAAUGGGUCGGGCGGUCGAGUUGGCAGCGAGCGUUGGAGGUGUAUGAAUGGUUGAAUCUUCGGCAUUGGUAUUCUCCAAAUGCACGAAUGCUUGCCACAAUUUUGGCUGUGCUUGGCAAGGCCAAUCAAGAAAGCUUGGCUGUAGAGCUUUUCAACCGGGCAGAGCCUGCGGUAGGGAACACUGUUCAAGUUUACAAUGCAAUGAUGAGUGUAUAUGCUCGGAAUGGUAAGUUUCCUAAGGUCCAAGAACUACUUGACUUAAUGAGGAAACGAGGAUGUGAGCCUGACCUUGUGAGCUUUAAUACUCUAAUCAAUGCCAGGGCAAAAUCGGGUUCUAUGUUGGCUGGAUCUGCAAUUGAACUACUCAAUGAGGUAAGGAGAUCAGGUCUACGACCUGAUAUAAUCACUUACAACACUCUCAUAAGUGCUUGCUCCCGUGGGUCCAAUUUGGAGGAGGCUAUGAAGGUCUAUGAAGAUAUGGAAUCCCACAAUUGCCAGGCAGAUAUUUGGACUUACAAUGCCAUGAUAUCAGUGUAUGGUCGAUGUGGGAUGGCAAAAGAUGCAGAGCGGCUUUUUAAAGAACUGGGGUCCAGAGGGUUUUCCCCAGAUGCAGUUACAUAUAAUUCUUUGGUAUAUGCAUUUGCAAGAGAAGGGAGUGUUGAGAAGGUGAAAGAGAUUUGUGAGGAGAUGGUCAAAGCUGGGUUUGGAAGAGAUGAAAUGACAUAUAAUACCGUCAUACAUAUGUAUGGAAAGCAGGGCCAGCAUGAUUUAGCAUCGCAGAUCUACAAAGACAUGAAGUCAUCAGGACGCAGCCCCGAUGCAGUUACCUUUACCGUUCUGAUUGAUUCACUUGGGAAAGCCAAUAUGGUAACUGAGGCUGCAAAGGUGAUGUCUGAGAUGUUGGAUGCAGGGGUAAAACCCACCUUGCGGACUUUUAGUGCUUUGAUAUGUGGCUAUGCAAAGGCAGGGAUGAGGGUUGAAGCUGAAGAGACAUUUAACUGCAUGCUGAGGUCUGGGAUCAAACCAGACCAUCUGGCAUACUCUGUUAUGUUGGAUAUCUUGUUGCGAUUCAAUGAGACAAAGACAGCAAUGACAUUAUACAGGGAGAUGAUUUGUGAUGGUCUGACACCUGAUCAAGGUAUUUACCAAGUCAUGCUUCAUGUUCUUGUGAAGGAGAAUAAAGAAGAAGAUGUAGAAAGAGUGAUUAAGGAUAUGGAGCUAUCUGGUAUGAGCCCUGAAAUUAUUUCUUCUAUUCUUGUCAGGGGGGAAUGCUAUUGCCAUGCUGCUAAUAUGUUAAAAUUGGCUGUUAUUCAGGGGUCUGAGCCAGAUCGUGAUAACUUAAUAGCUAUUCUAAGUUCAUAUAAGUCAUUAGGAAGGCACAAAGAAGCAGGUGCUUUGGUUGAUUUUUUGCGGGAACAUGCUCCAAGAUCCGACCAUUUGAUAACAGAAGCACUAACCAUCAUACUUUGCAAGGAUCACCAGUUUGAAGCUGCUAUGGAAGAGUAUGAUAAACUAAGAACAUUUGGCUUGUUUAAUGGGAGUUCUGCCAUGUAUGACUCUCUGAUAGAGUGCUGCAAAGAGACUGAGUCCUUUGCUAAUGCCUCUCAAUUAUUUUCUGAUAUGAAAUUCUUUGGUAUAGAACCUUCUUGUAAUAUCUACCAUAAUAUGGUUCUUGUAUACUGCAAGCUGGAUUUCCCUGAAACAGCUCAUUAUUUGGUAGAUCUGGCAGAAGAGUCAGGAAUCUUCUUUGCUGAGUUUGUUUUUGUUGAUUUAAUUGUGGCAUAUGGGAAGUUGAAGCUGUUGCAGAAGGCAGAGAGUUUGGUGGGGAAACUUAGACUGCAGGGAUCUGUGGUUGACCGGAAAGUAUGGAAUGCUUUAAUACAUGCUUAUGCUGCAAAUGGUUGCUAUGAGCAAGCAAGGGCUGUAUUUGGUACAAUGGUAAGAGAUGGUCCUUCUCCUAAUGUGGAUUCCAUUAAUGGUCUUAUGCAAGCUUUGAUUGUUGAUGGGAGAUUAGAUGAGCUCUAUGUGGUCAUUCAGGACUUGCAGGACAUGGGUUUUAAAAUUAGUAAAAGUUCUAUCAUUUUAAUGCUAGAUGCUUUUGUGAGAGCUAGAAACAUAUUUGAGGUGAAGAAAAUUUAUAAUGGAAUGAAGGCUGCUGGGUAUUUUCCCACUAUGCAUCUGUACAGAAGUAUGAUAGAGUUGUUAUCUCGAGGAAAAAGAGUCAGGGAUGUUGAAUCCAUGGUCACAGAGAUGGAGGAAGCGGGAUUUAAGCCUGACCUUCUAGUUUACAACUCAUUACUAAGAUUGUACAGUGGAAUUGGGGAAUUUAGGAAGACAAUUGAGGUGUAUCAGCGUAUUCAAAAGUCGUCAGGAUUUAGGCCAGAUGAAGAUACUUACAACACUUUAAUAUUGAUGUAUUGUAGAGAUCAUAGACCUGAAGAAGGUCUAUCUCUGUUGCAAGAAAUGGAAAAGAUAGGAUUGGAUCCUAAGUUGGACACCUACAAGAGCCUAAUUUCAGCAUGUGGUAAGCAGAAAUUAUGGGAACAGGCUGAGAGUCUUUUUGAAGGUUUGCGGUCAAGAGGAUUGAAAUUGGAUCGCUCUGUGUAUCAUAUAAUGAUGAAAAUGUUUAGGAAUUCUGGGAACCAUAUAAAAGCCAACAAUGUUUUUGCUAUGAUGAAAGAGGCAGGGUUGGAACCUUCUAUUGCCACAAUGCACAUGCUUAUAGUUUCAUAUGGCAGUGCAGGAGAACCAAAGGAAGCUGAAAAUGUGCUCAAUAAUUUAAAGGCCUCUGGCCUAAACCUUACUACACUACCAUAUAGUUCUGUUAUUGAUGCAUAUCUCAAGAAUGGGGACUAUAACUUGGGAAUUGAAAAGCUCUUGGAGAUGAAGAAAGAUGGUCUGGAGCCAGACCACAGGAUAUGGACUUGCUUUACCAGGGCUGCAAGUUUGUGCCAGCAAACUAGUGAAGCCAUUUUCCUGCUAAAUUCACUCCGAGAUUCUGGAUUUGAUCUUCCAAUCAGGAUUCUGACUGAAAAGUCUGAGUCACUUGUUAAUGAGGUUGAUCAUUUACUUGAGCAAUUAGAACCUUUGGAGGAUAAUGCAGCCUUUAACUUUGUCAAUGCGUUGGAGGACCUAUUGUGGGCAUUUGAAUGCCGGGCCACUGCUUCAUGGGUUUUCCAACUAGCAAUUAGGAGACACAUUUAUUGCCAUGAUGUGUUCAGGGUAUCUGAGAAAGACUGGGGAGCUGAUUUUAGAAAGCUAUCCCCUGGUGCUGCUCUUGUUGGCUUGACUUUAUGGCUUGAUCAUAUGCAAGAUGCAUCUUUACAAGGUUCGCCCGAGUCUCCAAAAUCAGUAGUUCUGAUAACAGGGACAGCAGAAUACAACAUGGUUUCCCUUAAUAAGACACUAAAAGCAUACCUUUGGGAGAUGGGAUCACCCUUCUUGCCUUGUAAAACACGCACUGGGCUCCUCAUAGCAAAAGCUCAUUCCCUCAGGAUGUGGUUAAAGGACUCUCCAUUUUGUUUGGACCUUGAGUUGAAGAAUGCUCCAUCUCUGCCUGAAUCAAAUUCAAUGCAGCUUUAUGAAGGGUAUUUCAUGAGAAGUGGCCUUGUUCCUGUCUUCAAGGAGAUACAUGAUCAACUAGGACAAGUUACGCCAAAAAAAUUUGCAAGAUUGGCUUUACUACCAGAUGACAAAAGAGAUAAAGCCAUUAGAGCUGACAUAGAGGGGAGGAAGCAGAAACUGGAAAAGAUGAAGAAAAAGGGUAGGCUUGUUAGACCAGGGAAUAAGUUUAAAAAGAGGAAAUUUAUCAGAAGAGCAAUACUAUCUGACCAUAGUAAUGUUAGGUUAAGAGGACAGGCUUUUGGUCUGAUUGCAAAAUGAAAAGAAACUAACGUACCUUAAUAAUUUAUAAGAAGCUACUCUCUUGUUCAUGCUUCAAAGAGGAGUUAGUAAGUGGCACUUGGAGUUUGAGUUCCCCAAAUUGUGGAGUUGCAUUGGAGGAAUCCAGUGGUACCAGUUGUCAUGAAAUUUACAAAUUUUUUCAACUGCAACAGGAGAGCUGGAGAACUGCAAUUAUCCAGUGCAUUGUUUAAAGCUCAACCAUGUUGAGCUAGUUGGAUCUUGGGAUGUAAUUGUUCAUUGGGCUCAUCAGUUUCUCAGAUACUUGAAGUUUUUUAUUCUCAAGGGGAAUUAGUAGAAGCACCUCAGAUAUGAUAAAAGAUUAACAGACUAAAACAGGCUCUGAAAGUCUCCCUUAACAUGGAGAAACCAAGAGAAGAAAAGAGAAGAGACCUCUACUUGACAAGAAUUAGGGGAAAGCCAUUUCUUGUGAGGAAAAGCUCUUUGGAAGAAAUGGUGUUUCAUCAUAUUUGUAGCUGAAGUAUUAAAAGUGUUCUAAAAGGCACGCACGCCUAGCUUGCACCUCGAUUGAACCUAGAAGUGCCACUUUCAAAAGGCAUGAUAUAAUUUUGCUUUUAAAGUGUUUUUUUUUUUGUAUAUUCUUAUGUUUCACACCUUUGUAGUUGUCUUUAACUUCUAAUAACAUUUAAUGCUCUUGUAAUAGUGACAAUCUAUUUAGAAAGAGAAAUAAAGACAUUUUAAAUG